CAGUAGCAUCAGCAGCAGCCGCCGCCGCCGCCACAGCAGAAGCAGUAGCAGGAGCAGCAGGAGAAGCAUUUAGCAAUAGCUUUAACAGCGACAGCGACAGUAGCAGCCGCCCUCCUUCUCUCUCUCUCCCGCGGACGGCCGCAGCCACCUCACUGAGCGGGCUCCAGCGCCGCGCGCGCAGCCCGUGGGUGAGGUAGCCCCGGCCCGAGCGAGCGGCGGUACACGCGAAAAGCAGACCCUGAGAGGAGCCGGCAGCCACUGAGGCGCUGAGUUUCAAGGCCGGAGCCUGACAGCUCUGACUCCGUCUAGCACCGCGGCGGCGGCGGCGCCUGAGGGAGAGAGGCGCGUCCACCUGGCGGGCCCGGCGCAUGGAGCUGAGGCAGAGGCGGCGGCGGCGGCAGCAGUAGCAGCAGCGGCGGCGGGGGCAGCUCGAGCAGCUGCGGCGACGGCGACAGCCCAGCCUUGACUGGCCGCGCUAGCUCCAGCGCCCGCUGCCUGAGCCCGCCAGCGACGUGCGCCUCGAUAGUCGGCCUGGGAGGUUGGACAGCAUUUGCUCUUGGAAUGAAACACUAAGAGGUUACAUUCAUGGAUAACCAACAAGAUAAGGCUGUUGUUGCCUCAGCCAAUGGAGAAAAUACUAUGAUUAACGGGGUCAAGGAGAAUGACUCAGAGGACCAGGAUGUGGCAAUGAAGUCAUUUGCAGCACUAGAAGCUGCUGCACCAAUCCAGCCUAUACCUGUGGCUCAAAAAGAUAACCUGAUAUAUCCCAGAGGUCUCCUGCCUCUGCCCUCUAAGAAGCCCUGUAUGCAGAGCCCUCCCUCUCCUUUGGGCCUGAGUGAAGCACCUGAGCAUGCUGCUAAUAGUGCUUCUGUGAAUGCCAUCUCCCUUACAUCUGGUGUUGCAAAAGGGCUGAACACAUGGUCACUGCCCAAUGAGUGUGAGAAAGCUCCAUUUGCCAUAAUGGAGCCUGCAGGCAUGUCAGCUCUGAAUGGGGACUGCCUCAUGCAGCCAAGUCGGACUUGCCUGGGCUGCUUCAUGGAAUCCAAGGAUGCAGUAGAUCCUGAGCCAGGGAUCAGUCUGAAAGUCAGUGAUCUAAAUAGGGAUUAUGAAACCUGUGCAGUCUCUGAUAUAGGGAUUCAGUGUAUUAAUGCUGGAGAAAACAUAAAAUACGGAGAGCAGCUGCUCUCAGACCAGCUCCUAGGCUUCCCCCUGCACAAAUCAAGGGCAGGAGAUAGACGAGAAGCAGAGAAACCUGACAUUGACUUGGAGGACCCAGCUCAUAAGAGUUAUUAUGAGGCAUUGCUGUUAGAUAAGUGCAAUACAGAAGAGGCUUUGCUGGCAAAUUCUAAUCAAGAUUGGGGUUACUUUGAGACUUUCAUUAGUGAGAGUAAGAUUGAACUGCUUGAUCUCUGUUCCAAGAAUGAGCUGUCUGUCAACCUGUUCUCUGAAGAAGAUGUGGAUAACUAUAUGUUUGAUGAUGAUGAGUCAACACUGGGUAGUGAUGUCUGCUCCCUGAAAAUUCGAUAUGAGUCCUUCCAGGACAAUGUUCGAGACAAGACCACCCUUUUGAUGCAAGAAGAUGCCCAAUUCAACUUUUUUCCCAGUGUCUUUACUACCUGCCCCAAGCGGGAGUCUAAGAGUGGGGCCCUGAAGCAGAGCAGUGAUCUUUCCCAGUUUAAGGUCCCUGAUGUGAGCAUUAUCUGGGGGGAGGAAGAUAAAAACUUGGACAAGAAGAAAGGCAAAGAAGAAGGCCAGGAAGACAAAGGUGUAGGGAAAAAAGAUGGAAAGGAUAAUGGAGAAAAAUCUGCCUUAAAUAAACCAUGGAGUGGAACUGAGGUAGGGCAAUUUAAGAAUCCAAAGCAGGGCCAUCUUGCCAAUUCCUUAGAGGCAUCUGGAAAUUUCAGUGAUGACAGUUCCUUCAUUGAGGUCUCUUAUGAUGCCAUGGGGGAGAUUAAGGACUGUAGCCGCUAUAUGGCUCGGGAUACUAAUUCUGGCAGCUCCUCCUCCCAGCAGAACUAUGGGCUGCGAGCCAAGAGAAAAGUCAGGUACAGUGAAGAUUAUCUAUAUGAUGUUGACUCACUAGAGGGUGAAAAAGUAAAUGAGAGGAAGGAAUGGCUGCCAGGUGGUUCUAAAGAGGAAGAUGAUGAUGAAUGGUGUCCCAAAAAGAGAAGAAAAGUAACCCGUAAGGAGCCCCCUGUUAUUAUCAAAUAUAUCAUCAUCAAUCGCUUUAAAGGUGAGAAGAACAUGCUGGUGAAGUUGGGUCGGGUGGAUGCCAGUGAGACAACAGUGAAUUUGAGUGAGAAUCAGCUCAACAAAUAUUCCAAGCUGGCCCCCUUGAAGGGCUUCUGGCAAAAGAAGAAGAAACAGAGAAAUAGCAACACAGACUCCAACAAAACACCCUCAUGCCAAAAGCAGAAUUUUGAAGCAGGUAGCUUUGAGGUGUCAUUCUUGCCACCUGCUCGCAAACGAAAAUCUAAACUUGGCAACAGGCACAGGAUUCAGAGAAUAUCAUCCGUGGAAACUUCAGCAGGUGGUAAGCAGGUUUCAUUCUGCAAUGAUGAGAGGCAAGCUAGUAGUCGUAAAGAAGAUGGAGGCCUAAAAGGUACACUAAAGUCAGCACCUUUGGCUGCCCCCAGCUGUGCAAAUGGAUCACAUUUAAAUGACAUCACAGGCCCUGAAUCAGUGAAAGUCAAAGUCCAAGACGCACAGUUUAAGGGGACAGAGAGGAAAGUGCUCAACAAAAUUAAAUUUAAAAGUGAAGCCAGGUUAAAAUCCAAGAAGAUCAAAGCUGGGCAAGAAAGCAAGCCAGUUGUUCAAAUGAGCCCUCUUUUGGAAGACCAAUCCUCCAAGGCUAAUUCAAAGAAUGAAACUAUUCCUGGGAACUCAAAUGGUUCACAUUUAUCUGAAUUUCAUGAGACAAAGGUUACUAAGGAUUCUACUUUCCUACCAACAACCUGCUCUUCUGAAAUGCCUCUAUCAUCUGCUCAUGUUGACAAUAAUAUACCUGUUAUCCCUGGAGGGUAUCUACAAACGUUGUUAGAUGCUUCUGACUUGUCAAAUAAUACUGGUAUCUCAUACUUCACUCACCAUUCUCCAGAGCAAAAUGAAAGCAGCCUGACUCAAACAGAAAAAUCAUUUGUACCUCUCCAACCUGCCCAGGACUGUGUUCUUUCCUCACCCUCUGAGUCUGAGCUGCUGCAAUCAUCCCCAAAUUUCAAAAUGGAAUCAAGCAACUAUAGAAAUGUGUGGCCCAACAAACCUACUUCUGGCUCCCAAGAAUUUGUGGCUGAGACCUCAAGGGAUGUAACUCCAACCCAAUCCGGUGAAUUUGGAGUCUCCAUAGAAAAUAACCUUACAGCUACAACAUACAAUCCAAUCUGCCUCAGUGGUGGUGGCAGUAGUUGCAACAAGAUCCUAUAUGCCUCUGUGCAAGAUGCCCAGCUCCCAUCUGAUGACUCGUAUCAAUUAUGUCACUUUAAUAAUGGAGAGAUCUGCUUUCCCUUUCAGCAGGUCCCAGUCAAUAUGGAUGAUAGUCGGCUCUUUAGCUUUGAUUCGAUGACCCCACUCUCUGUCAACUCAAACAAUUAUUGUUCCUUAAGCUUGAAGUCUUGUGAAAAGGAUGGUGAUGAUGAUAUCACUGAUGAUUUCCUGGCCCACUGCAGCCCCAAGCUGGUGAUCCAGCAGAGCAUUGAUGAGAUAGCACCACUCAAAGAGUCCACUGACCUCCUGGAUAUCUCUAACUUCACUCCUGACAAAUUCCGCCACUCCUCCCUCUCAGAGAUGUCCCCACCUGACACCCCCAGUCUUUCCCCUCAAAUUACCAGAUGUGAGAGUAUCAAAACACUAGGAACACUAAAGGGGUUCCAAGAGGGUGUCCAAGGAACACUGGGCAAUAUGGAGAAAAUCAAGUGGGACUGCAGUACCUUUUCACGGCAGGUCCAAGUAGAUGAUGGAUUUACUUUAAAUAGCCAUCAGUUUCAGUUCCAUAUGUUCAAUGAUGAGGAUUCUGUCAGCCUGCUCCAAAAAACCCCUUGCUUAUCAACGUUUAAUGAUCCAUCUGGUCAGGUGAGUACCAACAACAAGGUGUCGAAAUCAAGAAAGAAAAGUUCACCCAGCAAGAGUGGGGCUGUGAACCAAGGCUGUUCUCAGAAAAACAACAGGAAAAAAUCGCCCAAAGCCAACAACAAAGCGAUUGAAAAACCACCUGGCAAAACCUCCCGCCAGGUCCCUAAGUCAACAAAGAAAGGGAAAUACAUGGCUGCAAUCAAUGGAGAGAAAAUGCAAAUUGGCACUGGUCGUGGAGGAGGCCAAAUCAACAGCAUAUCUUCCACAGGGAAGACAUUGGCCGAAUGUAUCCAACAUGGUGGCCCUGUGGCCUCUAUGAAGAUGCCAAGUCAGAAGGGAUUUUCUGGAGAUUGGUCUUUGGGGAAGGAGAGUAGCCCAGGCUGGAGUGACAUGAGCAUCAAUGCCAAUACCAACAAUCUUCUGGAUGAUGACCAGCGGGAAUUUCAGGAGCCUUCUUAUAUCUUAUCCAACAUUGCCUCUGGUAUGGCAGAUGUGCAGAGAUUCAUGAUGGCCUCCAUAGAGCCCCUUUGGGAACCCAUGGAGCACCAUGGCGACCCCAGUGUAUUCUACUCCUCUGAGUCCAAUAGUCUAAAAUUAAAAACCCUCAAAAUAUUGGCUGGGACACCACAGGAAUCUAAAAAAAAGGUCAACAGUGGCUCUCCAGGAGCCACUAAGAAUCACAGGUCCAUCAAGGGUGUGAGUAAAAGCAAUGGGAAAGCAACAGUAGGUGAUCCUGGUCGUGCAAACAUGCCUGGUUAUAAUGAGGACUCUCGCUCUGCCUUCUUUGACAAAAAAUAUAAUAACUUGAGCACUUUAGGCAAUAACGGACCAACACACAAAAAAUUAUAUCGUCACAAAACCAGCUCCAAGACCUUGAGAGAUGAGAAGUGUAAGGGAAAGCGCAUGGAGAGAGAACAGGUCCACAAGGAUGAGUCUGGGACAGCUUCUUUUGAAAAACUGAGGGAUUCCGACUACAAUCUCCUAAAAGCAGAAACAGCAUUUUGGGUUUUACCUGUGUUCGAAGAAGAGACUCACAUUUUCCAGAAAGACAUUUGAUGUUUGUGUUUUAUUUCUUUCAAAAUAUGCCUUGUGGUAUGUAUGUUAACCUGUAAGUGCUUAAAGAAAAGAAUUUUUAAAUGUGGGAAUAAGUCUUUGGAAGCAAACUUUAAUCCAAUGUUCUAUGUAAAAGACUUUAAAAGUCAUAUAGUUGUACAAGUAGUUUAUGCACUAUUUACCCAAGGGGAAAAAAAGGAAAACAUUGUGCCAAACUACAAACAAGUGACUGCAUUGUAUAUAUUUUUACUUCUAUAUCAACAUUUGGUUGUGAGUAUAUGGGGAGCUUGUCCCCAUUAAUUUACUAGAAACAUUCCAGUGAUUCUUGCUAUUAACCACUCCCACUUAUGUGGAUAGCACCUGUAGAUCACAGUGGAAAAAUAUGUUGUGUUACACGAUUUACCAAAACUUAAAGGAUACUGUU